AUGCCAGGAUCGAUCCCGGCGAAUGACCCUCUAGCGGAUACGGCUAAAGAAGCAAGCUCAAAGACGGAAGAGGAGAGAGGGACAAAGGACCACCAGGAAACUAAGGGUGGGUACACUGAACGUGGGCACAAUGACUGGAAGAGGAAGAGAAGUCGUGGAUAUGAUGGUAAGGAGAAAAAUAGAGAAGGCCAGAAGGGGUUGCACAGAGUAUUCAUAGACUUAGAGAAAGCAUAUGACAGGGUGCCAAGAACAGAGACUGUCUCACCGAAGCAGUUCAGAAGGCUUGCCCCAUGGGACCUGAUGUUCGCAGAUGACGUUGCACUGAACGGGGAGACAAAUGAGGAUGUGGAAGAGAGGCUGGAGCAGUGGAGAAGAGCAUUGGAAGAUAGAGGGAUGAAGGUGAGCAGGCAGAAAACGGAGUACCUUUGUAUGGGGGAUCAAGAUCCAGAGAGAGCAGUAGAAAUGCAGGGUGUGAAGCUGAACAGAGUCCAAGAGUUUAAGUACCUUGGUUCCACAGUGCAGAGCGACGGGGCAUCGGACAAGGAGGUUGGUAAGAGGAUACAGGCGGGAUGGAAUGCUUGGAGAAAGAUCACUGGGCUGCUAUGCGACAGACGGGUCCCAGCAAAGCUGAAGGGCGUGAUGUUACUACCGGAGAUGCUGUAUGGGAUGGAGGCAGUCGCAGUAACGAAGGGACAAGAGAGGAAGAUGGAAGUAGCUGAGAUGAGGAUGCUACGAUUCUCACUGGGGAAGACCAGGCUAGACCGGGUACGAAACAGCACCAUCAGACAAUUGGGGCAGGCGAACUGGAGAAGAAGCUGA